UCGGCCCCCAACCUUACAGGUCCACAGAGAUGAAAAGUCACUUUUCCGACGCAGAGUACGCUGCUCACAAAAGCAUAAAUACAAGCGCUGCCCAUGUUUCUGCACAUGUGACGCCACCUGUCAGUGUAGCUACUGCUCAGCAUGAUGUCUGCUAAGAGAAGCUUACGGCAGGGUUGGUUAAUAUUACAGCUCUUGUUGGCAGCAUGUUUUUCUCAGGCUGCAGAGCUUGUAUGCAGUCAGAACGGGGAUUUAGAAAGCCCUCAGCUAGUGAAGGAUGGAGACGUUAUGUUGGGGGGGCUUUUUUCCUUCCACAACAACUGGAAAGAAAGAGAGGAGACUUACACUGAAAAGCCUCUUCCACUGCAAUGUACCAGUUUGAAUUUCAGAGAGUUCCAGUUAGCCCAGGCUAUGCUUUUUGCCAUCGAGGAGAUAAACAACAGCUCAGACCUGCUGCCAGGCGUCUCUCUGGGCUACAAAAUCUAUGACACGUGUGGCUUCAACGCCAGAAGUGUUAAGGUUGCGUUGGCCUUGCUUAACGAUUAUGAAAAUGUGUCUGCUCCUUCCAAGGAAUGUGGAAGACCUGCACAAGUGCAGGCCAUAAUGGGAGAAGCCUCUUCCUCUCCGAGCACAGCGAUAGCCACUGUCAUUGGACCAUUUUUUAUACCAAUGAUCAGCCACUUUGCCACAUGUGCCUGUCUCAGUGACAAAUCCAAAUAUCCCUCGUUUCUCCGAACAAUACCCAGCGACUACUAUCAGAGCAGAGCUCUGGCCCAGUUGGUGAAGCACUUUGGAUGGACGUGGGUCGGAGCCGUCAGAACGAAUGAUGAUUAUGGCAACAGCGGCAUGGCAACGUUCACGGAGACUGCUCAGCAUCUGGGCAUCUGCCUUGAAUAUUCCGUGUCUUUCUUCAGGACAGAUCCAGCCGACAAAAUCCAAAAGAUAAUUAACACCAUCAAGGCUUCGACUUCAAAGGUGAUUGUCGCUUUCCUCUCCCAAGCCGACAUGGAUGUGAUUAUACACGAGUUCUCCAGCCACAACCUAACCGGCUACCAGUGGGUGGGAACCGAGGCCUGGAUAUUUGAUUUCCAGACCGCAGCAGGAGACAGGAACCACAUCCUAGACGGAGCCGUUGGCCUCUCCAUCCCCAAAGCGCACGUCAGCGGCCUCCAAGAGUUCAUACUGAACGUGGAGCCACUGUUUUCAUCAAACAACGACUUGUUCACAGAGUUUUGGGAGACGUUAUUCAGCUGCGAGUUUAAGCUGUCGUACUCAGUGGAGAUUAAGACACGAUGCACAGGACAGGAGGAUCUGACAGGAGUGGAAAACACCUUCACCGACAUGUCGCUCAUGCCCAUAUUUAACAACAUGUAUAAAGGAGUGUAUGCUGUUGCCCGCGCUCUGCACAAUAUCCUCAGCUGCAACCAAACAUGUGACGGCAACGCACAGCUAGAUCCGCUCACGAUUUUACAGCAAAUAAAAGAGAUUCAUUUCAAAACAAAGGAAGGGGAUGAAGUGUACUUUAAUGAAAACGGAGAUCCAGCCGCAAAAUAUGAAAUCAUCAACUGGCAGAGAAGAGACGAUGGCCCUGUGGAAUUUGCAGUAGUGGGUCUGUAUGAUGCGUCGUUGCCAGAGGACAGACAGAUGGAUGUGCACAUUGAGUCAAUAGUUUGGGCUCAAAAUUCACUGAUGAUGCCUGUCUCAGUUUGCAGUGAGAAGUGUCCACCGGGAAAACGAAAAGUCCUGCAGAAAGGAAAACCUGUUUGUUGUUAUGACUGUUUACACUGUGCAGAAGGAGAAAUAAGCAACAGCACAGAUUCAGUCACCUGUGUGCGGUGCCCCCUUGAAUCCUGGUCAAAUGAAAAUAGAGAUGCUUGUAUCAAAAAGGAGGCAGAGUUUCUUUCGUAUAACGAAAUUAUGGGAUCACUGCUCACUGCGGCUUCUUUGUUUGGAACAUGCAUGACUGUCGCUGUCGCAGUCAUUUUUGUCACACACAGGAACACUCCUCUUGUGAGAGCAAACAACUCUGAGCUGAGCUUCCUGCUGCUCUUCUCCUUAAAGCUGUGUUUCCUCUGCUCUCUGACAUUCAUCGGCCAGCCGUCUGACUGGUCCUGCAUGCUGCGGCACACGGCGUUCGGCAUCACCUUCGUCCUCUGCAUCUCCUGUGUUCUUGGGAAAACCAUAGUGGUUCUAAUGGCAUUUAAAGUCACACUUCCAGGGAGAAACGUGAUGAAAUGGUUUGGGCCUACGCAGCAGAGAGUCAGUGUUCUGGGGUUUACUCUGAUACAAGUGAUCAUCUGUAUCCUCUGGUUAAGCAUCUCUCCACCUUUUCCAUCCAAAAACUUUGAAGGAUUCAAAGAUAAAAUCAUCUUGGAGUGCGCUCUGGGUUCUGCUGUGGGUUUCUGGGCUGUGCUCGGGUACAUAGGAUUUCUUGCCGUCUUGUGUUUCAUUUGUGCUUUUCUUGCUCGUAAACUGCCUGAUAAUUUUAACGAAGCCAAAUUCAUCACCUUCAGCAUGUUGAUAUUCUGUGCUGUCUGGAUCACUUUCAUCCCAGCGUACGUCAGCUCUCCUGGGAAGUUCAGUGUCGCUGUAGAAAUCUUUGCUAUCCUGGCCUCCAGUUUUGGAUUAUUAGUUUGUAUCUUUAUUCCGAAAUGUUACAUCAUGCUGAUAAAACCAGAAAAAAAUACAAAAAAGAACAUGAUGGGGAAGGGUGCUCUGAAAUAACUGUGUGACUUAAAAUGUUUCUAUGCCUCAGUUCAUAUGCUUCAAUCUCAAUAGGACAACCUGU